AUGUAUGGACACAACCGUCGAUCGCAAGGGGAGGGGAAUUUUGGAAAGAAUCACCGCAAGCAUGGAUCGAAUCGUCAUCAUCAACGCAAACAGUCUGGAUCCAAGCAGAGAUUCGGCGGUGAUUCUGGAUCCAAUCGUCGAAGAUAUGGAGGAGGCGCGCAGGGUAUCUUUGAUCGCUUGUUGAAUGAAGAUCAACAAAUGACUGGGACCGACGCGAUUCGUUUCUUGGAAGGAAUGGCUGCCUUCAACUCCAAGCCUUUGCUGUUGGAGCUAAUGUUGCAUCAGCAAAAACAUGGGAUCAAACGGAUUGGAGAGAUCCUUUCUUUUGUGGGCAGUGAGGGUGAUCUCACAAAACUUUUCAUUCCAUUGCUGAAGCAUGGCAUCAACGAAGAAACGUCGAAGCCUCUUUAUCAAAAGAUGCAGAGCCCGUACUUGCAUGCCGUCUAUCUUGUCCCAGGUAUCAUGGAUUUUCUUGCCGAAUGCGAAGAUUUUGUCACAUUUUGCUCCAAAGAAACAGCAGACCUUCUCUGUACAUUCUUGCUCAUUCUGAGUAAGAAGUAUGGCGAAGUCCGGAACAGCGAAGCCGUUGCGACCGUGGCAACAAACCUUCAGAAACGUGGUGAUGUCACGAACUGCGAAACCCUUCACGCUCUUCUAUUGCUGAAGGAGAAGGAACUCCGGGAGGAGACUUUGGAGCGACUCAACAGUAUCAACAACAACGAUCUCAAAGGUGCGGCUGCAUGUUGGGCCUCGGAUAUGGUUCCACCAGGCGGCCGUCACACAAACGAUCACUUGAACUUUCGAGACAUUUUAAUUGUUCCACCAGCGGACGAGCUCAAUUGCUUGGCAGUCCCAUAUUUGCCACUGCAGAGCAAAGAGAAUAGAAUCAUUGAAGAUGAAGUGUCUUAUCUUCUUGAUCGAAACUUUCGGUUGCUGAGAGAAGAUGUCUUGAAGUCCAUGAUAAGCUCCUUAGAAGAACGCAGGAGACCUUGGCAUAACGCACGUAUCAUUGGAAUGGAUUUCAGCCGAGGCCAGAGCGCCAUGUCCUUUUUGGUGCAGGUAGAUCCACCUCAGCAGCGAAAAAUCGAUUGGGCGAAGACCAGAGCAUUGGGUUCCCAAACAAUUGUUGCAUUUCUGGAUGAAGAUGGUGAGGUUGUCAGAACGGGAACCAUUUCGAUCAGCAACUGUGACGAUAAGAAGGGCGCCAGACACGACUGGCUGAACCACCCUACCGGCCCUAUCAUAGGAGUCACAAUUGAAGACAGCGAUGCUUUCGAUGAAGCUUUGGGAGAAGCUGCAGUGAACAGACUGAUGCUCAAAGCAUACAACAAUGCGUUUCAAGAAAAGCGGUUCCCUGCUGCUCGAGGAAUUGUCUCACAAAUGAAGACUUAUGAGAUGAUUGAAGUAUCGAAAUCAUUCUUCGCAUACAGUUCCAUCUUGAAAGGACUUCAGAACUUGGAUGGACUGCCUUUCCAUGAUGAAAUACUGAAAGCAGAGACACCUAAAGAUGGCAUUGCUGUUCCUGAUUAUUUUCCAAAUGAGCUGACCAUUCCGAAACUGGGGGACAAACCAGCUUUCAGGAUUCAUGUGGGGGAGGAGGAUCUAACACCCGAAUUUCUAGAGCAAAACUCAACACUCGACACUUCUCAAGCGAAGGCUGUAAGACAUGCUUUGACAAAUAGAGUUGCCCUCAUUCAGGGUCCCCCAGGUACUGGAAAGACAUUCAUUGGUGGCCUGAUUGCUCAGAUUAUUUUGCAAAAUACGAAUGAGAAGAUCCUUUGCUUAUGCUACACAAAUCAUGCAUUGGAUCAAUUUCUUGAGCAUCUACUAGAAGCCGGAAACAAAUCCAUUGUACGUCUCGGAGGCAGAACCAAGUCUGAGGCAUUGGAAGGAUACCAGCUGUUUCACUUGUCAAAAGCAAAACGGGACGAGAGGGGAUCAAAUCGAGGCAUUCGUAUAGCCGAUGCACAGUUCUACAAAGAGCGUGAGGAGAUUGAAGAGCUACUCAAAAUAUUUCAGGCUCCGGUGCGUUGGAACUUUCCCAAUGGUGGGAUAGCGUCAAUUUUGAGGAAGGAGUACCCAAAUGAGUACCAGUAUGUUCAGGUACCAAGCACAGAAGGCUUCGAAACGGUCGGAAAGAACAACCAAAAAAUGAAAAAAAAUUAUCUAUGGGAAGAAUGGGAGCAAGGCAAGAAACCACCAGCGUUUGCUAGUGAAGCUCCUAUUGGGAGCUUAGAGGGCUUUCAUGAAUUCUGGAACCAGCCGAAGUCUGAGAGAGCCGCUUUCGUACUCGAACUAAAGGAGCGAGUAUUGGAAUCUUCCAGAAUGGAGCUUCAGUCGCGUCUUACACAAGUGAAAGAACUCGUGGAGCAACGAGAUGCAGCCCGGCGAAUAGCCGACUUGCAAAUCCUGAAGGAUGCAUCCAUUAUUGGGGCAACAACUUCCGGCGCCGCCAAAUAUCAAGACAUCUUAAAAUCCAUUGCUCCUGGCGUGAUUAUGGUCGAAGAAGCUGGUGAAGUCCUUGAGAGUCAUGUUCUAACUGCGCUCUCAUCAAGGGGUAUCGCUGGGACACUCUCUGAAGAUACGAAACAUUUGAUUCUCAUUGGAGACCACAAGCAGCUUCGGCCCAAGGUUGACACCUACGAGCUCACGAAUGUCUCAAGAAAGGGAUUCGACCUUGAUGUCUCUUUAUUCGAAAGACUUAUCCUUGGUGGAUUGGAGAGCUCCUGUCUCUCUACGCAGCACCGAAUGCGGACUGACAUAUCGUCCUUCAUCAGGGCACAGACGUAUCCUCGCCUCAUUGAUCACCAAUCUGUGAUGACAUUCCCUGAUAUUCGAGGCCUAUCUCAGAAUAUCGUUUUUAUCGACCAUGACAAUUUGGAGGAUGCUCGGGAAAGGGACGAGUUGGACGUGAACCAGACCAGUACGAGCAAGUCCAACCAGUUCGAGGCAGAGCUCGCUGUUGAAACAGUCCGGUAUUUGUUGUUGCAAGGAUAUGCACCGUCCAAUCUUGUUGUACUGACUCCGUAUUUGGGACAAUUGAAGAAGAUCGUACGCCUAAUGGAGAAAGAAUUACGAGAUGUCAGUGCAUUCAUUAGUGAAAAAGAUCUCGAGGAUUUUGAUAAGGACGGCGAAGAGGACGAGCUCAACGACUUUAACAAAGCAGAAAGUAGGACGGUGCGAUGCUCCUCGGUGGACAAUUAUCAAGGCGAAGAAAGCGAUAUCGUUAUUGCGUCCCUAGUUCGAUGCAAUGACCGAGGAACUAUAGGCUUUCUUAAGGAACCGCAACGAGUGAAUGUUCUCUUGUCACGUGCAAGACAUGGCAUGAUCAUCAUUGGGAGCUCCAAGACAUUGCUGCAGACAACUGCAGGAGAGCAAACCUGGGGCAUAUUGCUGAACAUGAUGGAAGAAAGGGGCCAAAUCAAGUCCGGCUUACCAACCGUGUGCCGUCUACAUCCAGAAGAUCCACCACUCGAAUUGUUCGAGUGGUCAAAGUUUCGGUAUCAUCGCCCUAACGGAGGAUGUCAUCGAUCCUGCAACUUUCGACUUGCUUGUGGGCACGUGUGUCCAUUAAAGUGUCAUCCUAUAGACCAAGACCAUUCUGUUGCCGAGAAGAUGUGCGUCGAAGCUUGUCGACGAAUUCCUCCAGAAUGCGCACACGGGCACCCAUGUACAAAACGAUGUAAUCAAGAAUGCGGACACUGCAAGACACUCAUGGGUCCAGUCACUUUGUCAUGCGGUCAUGUGAAGCAAAGGAUUACGUGUCACGAAAAUCGAUCUCCAGAGGCGCUUGAAUUGGUGUCAAAACGUUGCGUCGAAAGAGUAGAGACCACAUUUUCGUGCGGUCACAAGACAUCAACAACUUGUAGCAAUGCAAAAUCGGAGAAUCCCGUUUGUCCCGAGCCGUGUGGGCAGGUUGUUGAAGGUUGCCUUCAUCCGUGUGCAAACAGGUGCUCCAAGUGCGACGGGAAGCAUAUUUGUAGAAAAAAAUGUGGAAGGACAUUGUUUUGCGGACACGACUGCGAACUCGCGUGUCAUCACGGAACGGAGUGUCCUCCAUGUACUAAAAAAUGUGUCGCUGUCUGUGCUCAUUCGAUGUGCUGCAAGAGCUGCGGCGAUUCCUGUGCAGCAUGUGUUGAGGAGUGCGUUUGGGAGUGCGAACAUCGUGAGCGAUGCGACCUUGUUUGCGGUGCUCCAUGUACAAGGCUUCCAUGCAACGAGCGCUGCAAAGAGAAGCUUCGCUGUGGACACCAAUGUCCUUCAGUCUGUGGCGAAGUGUGUCCUGGUGAAGAGUACUGUGUGGAAUGCGCCAGCGAUGACGUCAAAACAACAGUAGUCGACAUGAUCAUGAUGGAGAAGUAUGCCGAACAUGAUAUUGAUGCUGAUCCAAUUAUUGUUCUUCCAUGUGGACACUUUUAUGGGCUUGAGACUCUGGACGGCCAUUUUGAACUGGAUAAAGCAUACGAGAAGUCUUCAGAAACUGGAGAAUACGUUGCUAUCGAGCCUCUUUUUUAUUCUGAAAUCAAUGAUCGACCAAUGAAGUGCCCUGAUUGCAGGGCACCCAUCUCCCUAGUUCGACGCUAUGGACGGAUCCUCAACUACAAGUCUUUGCAAACUCUUGAACGCAAGCAUAUGACCGGCAUUCGAAAGACUUUCAAUGACCUGUCGCAAGCGAAAAAGAAAGACCUGCAAAAAAUGCUUAAUCUACGUAAAGAAAUAGAGGCGAGCCCGAUGAAACUGGUCCAGGAUGCGUGCCAGUCCCUCAACAGCGCGGAACAGGUCGAAGCUCCAGGUACUUCCUCUUCUUUGUUGUUGCAAUGGGUGAAAGUCACAGCACCGGCGUAUGGAGAGAAAGCAAAGAGUAUCGAAUCGAAGCAAUACAAGAAAGCCGCAGAGCUGUUCUUGGAAGGAAUCGCAUUGGCUGCUUCGACGGAGAGUUGGUUAUCUUGUGCGUCACUUCGUAUCGACUAUGUGAAGUUCUUGUUGCGUUUCCAAUCGUUUUCCGGGUCCAAGACGAUUCUUUGGGAGCAUCUAGAUUGGGUCAUUUUCGAAAUGCCAGUCCCCCAAGAAGAUCAAAUUGCUAUAGCAAAAGAGCUAAAGCAAAAGAUUGCUCAGAGUAACGACAAAGCAAUGCGAGAAGCGAUUGCGGCAAUGGAUGCCGGUCAAACUAACUGGAAUUUUGGGGGCGGAGGGGCUAGUGGGCACUGGUAUGAAUGCCCAAAUGGUCACCCUUACUUUAUUGGAGAUUGCGGAGGUGCCAUGGUUACAUCUACGUGCUACGAGUGCGGGGCACAAAUUGGGGGAUCGAGCCAUCGAGUGUUGGGUUCCAACCGUGCCUGGCGUGGUCUCGGAAAUUGA